AUGAUGGGGCUGCAGGACACGGCCGGCCGGAGGGGCAGCUUCUUCCAGUACCAGAGGCUGGAAUGCCGGGACGACGGGGCCACCCCGCCGCCCAGGCGGCGGUGGCUGCCGUCUCUGAACGGCAAGGCGGCCUGCUCCUGCUUCUUCCAUCUCAAGAAGCUCAGGUGGAGCAGGAUCACUUCGAUCAUCCUGCCCAGGAAGGUCUCCGAGCCCUCCUCCUCCUCCAAGAUCCGUCAUGCAACCGUGGCACAUGCCGAGGACGCCUGCCCAAGCAUUGUCUUCUUGUCGCAGUGGGGGCUCCCGGUGCUCUCCGGCCCGUCGGUGGCCGGUAACAGGGGCAAGUACCCCCGUGGGAAGGGCUACUGAGAGGCAGCAGGCUUCUGCCCAUUUUUCAGGUGUCGUCUCUGUUCCUAGCGAGUAGUAGUACUAUAUGCUUGUGUAUGGUAUGAUAUAUAUAUAUAUCUAGCUGAUCCUGUAAAUCGAGUUGUGCUUGUUGUUCUCUACCGGCAUGGAUCUGAGGUCGGGUGUACCCUGCUGAUCGAUCAUGCCCAGAUCCUGUGCGAAAAAAUGUAGGUUGAUUUUUAGUUGA